AUGUCUCCACACACUGAAACCGCUUACGUCUCGAAGACGCAACACUACCUGAAGGUGAAGAAGCCGCUGCUGGAGCGCCAGCGUCGGGCACGCAUGAACAAGUGCCUGGACACGUUAAAGACACUUGUUGCCGAGUUCCAGGGCGACGAUGCCAUACUCCGUCUCGAUAAAGCCGAAAUGCUGGAGGCGUCACUUUUAUUCAUGCGCAAACAGCUCAUCAAGCAGCAGGCACCAGUCUCUCCCGUGCCGAUGGACAGUUUCAAGAAUGGCUACAUGAAUGCCGUUAGCGAAAUCUCACGUGUGAUGGCCUGCACGCCGGCAAUGAGCGUUGACGUCGGCAAAACGGUGAUGACACAUCUCGGCAUGGAGUUUCAGCGCAUGCUGCAAUCAGAUCAACCACAAAAUGAGCAGCAGCAGCAACAGCAGCAGCAAAUCAAAUUGGCAUCCUCGCCAAUCAGUCGUCCAGGUAGCCCAGCAUCUUCGGGCUAUCACAGCGAUGCUGAGGGGUCGGAGGCAGCAACCAGCCCCCAGCCAGCCAGCAAUCCUAUGUGGCGUCCGUGGUAA